GCCGUUGGUUGGUGCGCGGCUGGAGGGCGCGGCGCUGGCGGCGCCGAUGGAUGGGCACUGCGGGCCGGGCCAGGCCAUGGCGUUGCUGCUGUGCCUGGGCAUGACAGCGGCGCUGGCCCGGGGCUGCCUGCACUGUGACCCCAAAUUCUCGGAGAAGUUCUCCUUCUACCGCCACCACGUGAACCUUAAGUCCUGGUGGGUGGGUGACAUCCCCGUGUCGGGAGUGCUGCUCACCGAGUGGAGCCAGAACACGAUGAAGGAGCUACACCUGGCCAUCCCCGCCGAGAUCACCCGGGAGAAGCUGGAGCAAGUGGCAGGAGCCGUGUACCAGAGGAUGGACCAGCUGUACCAGGGGAAGAUGUACUUCCCAGGGUAUUUCCCCAAUGAGCUGCGGGCCAUCUUCCGGGAGCAAGUGCGCCUCAUCCAGAACGCCAUCAUAGAGAGCCGCAUCGACUGUCAGCGUCACUGUGGCAUCUUCCAGUAUGAGACCAUCUCCUGCAGCAACUGCACAGACUCGCACGUCAUCUGCUUUGGCUAUUACUGCAAGUCAUCGGCACAGUGGCAGUCAGCUGUACAGGGUCUUCUGAGUUACAUACAUGCCUGGCACCACUUACAGAGGCCCAGGAGGACCUUGCCCCCUGCCCCGUCAAGGGUUUCCAAGCUCAGCUGGAGGAAGGGGGCAGACCAUUCUGACUGAAGGGCUUCAUGAAGCCUAAGGCUACCCUGAGUUGGUGGCAGACCUGGAGGGUCUAAUUGGUGCCCCAUUCUAUUUCAGUCAGGAUGUAGGCAGGAGGUAAGAUGGGCCUUCCAAGGGGGGGCGGUGAGGAGUUGAGGGAUGGGGGUGAGGUCUUCGGGAGGGCAUGCCGGGCAGGGCUGUGUGCCUGUGGGCACACAGGAUGUCUGUAAUCACAUCCCCUGGUGUGGCCACCGCAUGAACCGCGCUCUCCUCCUCCUUGCCUUGGAUGUGCAGAACCAUCCCUGCCUUGUGAGUGACCUGGGGAAUAAUGCUAUCGGGUGGCCUGGGGGGAGCACAGAACUCCAGAGUCAAGUGACCUCUUUACUACAGACCCUGCCAUACCCUAUUAAGGCCCGUCAUUGUAGGUGCUGGGGAGGGUGGAUGACCGUCCCCAGCACUCUUUAGGAUUUAAGAACAGGCAGGGACUGGGAUACAUAUAAUCCUAGCCUUCAAGGAGGCCUCUGAGGCAGGAGGAUCUCAGAGGGUCAGCCUGGGCUACAGUCAUGGAAGGCAGCCUGGGAAGGGAGGCAGGCGCACAUGAGCAGACAAUGGGCUCAAGGCACCUCUUCCUCUCCCCCCAAAGCCUUUCACCGACCAUAAAGUGUCUGGAACCACCGCAUCUGGCUAACCUGACCUUGGAAAAUGCCUCUG